ACGCCGGCGCAGCAGCCAUGAUUGAAACAAUGGAUCGCGGGAGCCUCUACGAACACGACAUUCCCUCGCUGAGCGCCUCGCUCGAAGCCUUUGACCCCGAGCGCAGCAUGCACUCGACGUACAGCAGCCGCUCCAACCUGCACUCGUCGCGCUGGAGCUCUGCGCACGACGACCUCGACUCCGAGACCGAGUCGGACGGCCCCUGGGCCCCGCCCGCCUGGCAAAAGUCGCAGUCGAGCAACCACUGGUACCGCAAGUCGCUGCUCGGCGAGAGCGCGCUGCGCAACAGCCCCUCCAAGUCGCCCUACCGCUCGGAUCGCGAAAUCACGCCUUCGCGCAUACCCCUCCCAGAGUCGCCCUACAAGAUGACGCCCCGCACAAGCCCGGAACCCAUACCAGAGGAGGAGCUGCGCUUCCUGUCCAGCACCAUCGCGUCGCGCCUCCAGAGCCCCGCCCUCGCCGCCCCGCCAGACGCCGACGCCGACGACGACAUGGACGCCAUGGACGCCCACCCCACGACGCCCGGCGCGCCCCCGGAAAUCGACCUGGCCCUGUCGCAUCACGGCUCGGACACGCCAACAGAGGGUUUCAUGCGCUUUGCUUACAGAGGAGAAGCCAAGUUCCGUACCGCCCCCAUUGAAGACACCAUCUCCACCUUUGCAAGUGGCCUUCACAUCUUCACCAAGUCGCGCGCCAAUGUCAUCCUGACGCUCGCCACGGUCCUGUUCUCGUGGAUCCUGCUGCAGCCAUGGACGGCCAGCCUCAUUCCCGACGUCGCAAACGUCGCAAACAUGGCCAAGCAGUUUGAGCCGCUCCUGUAUGCUUCUGAAAACGUCAUUCCGCGGUCGCGCGAGCUCGCAGAGGCAAGUAUUGCAGUCCAGGACCUGGGCGAGAGCGUCCGAGCCACAAACAUGUCGGCGUCCUCAGUCAUCAUCGACCAGCUCGACGACUUGGGCGACAGCCUCAAGAUUCUGUCGGAGAAGAUUACGAGCUUCUUCACAAACGUGGAUGGUGACAUGGACUCCAUUCUCAUCACCAUGGAGUGGGCGAAGCGCGAGCUACAGAGCAUACAGGGCCCCAAGAUUGGCGUUAUUGAUACAGUCAUAGGCAACAUACACGGCGGCCUGAGCAAGAUUGGCCUGCUCGAGCGCAAUGGCUCGCCCACGCCCAUCGGGCGCGUCGUCAACGACGUCCUCGGCCACACGACGCAGCAGCGCUCCAAGGCCACGCUGCAGCGCACGUUUGACUACCUCCUCUCUACUCUGGAGGAGAACAUUGCAAACGAGCUGGCGCGCGCAGACGUGCUGUUCCAGCUCUUUGAGAGCGUGGACCGCCAGUUCCACAACCUCCACCGCUCCGUCGCCAAGGAAGAGGACUCGCUCGCAAACCGAAAAGACGAGUUCCUUGCCUCCAUGUGGCGCAUGACCAUCAACAACAAGAUGAAGAUCAAAAAGUACGAAAAGAACCUCAAGCUGCUCAAGGACGUGCGCGCCUCGACUCUGAUCAACAAGUCGGAGCUCAAGGGCCACAUCCAAAUCAUCCACUCUGUCAAAGACCAACUCGACAAGGCGCGCAAAAACCUCAUCAGCCCACUGAUCCGCCGGGCCCAAAGCAACAGCUUCGGCCUGGAACAACAACUCAACGACUUGACCGGAACCUAUGGAUUUCUCAAAGACCUCCGCGACGGCCAGAAGAAAAAGGUUCUCCAGCAACUAUGGGGCGAGCCCAAGAAACGCAUCUCCAUUACGGCUGGCGGGAGAGAAGAAGAGAUUGAAGAGGGAGAGCACUAAAAAAAAUACCUCUCCAUUAUUCUCUUGUGUCGCUCUCUCUCUCUCUCUCUCUCUCUCUCUCUCUCUCUCUCUCUCUCUCUCUCUCU